AGUUCAGCAAAGACGUUGUGGCCUGCGGGCUAUUUCGCGAUGAUCGGCUUCAUCUUGGGAACUAAGAUGGGACCAGAAGCGCCCCGACCUCAGCUAUUAUCCGCAAGGUCUUCAGAUCACCAGUCGAUUUAGCCAUCCCCACCAAUCGCCGUGACACUUCUUAAACGAGGAUAAUUUGCUAUUAUUUGUAAAUUGGCGUCUCGCGACGUCCGCUCCUGCCUGUCCGCUUCGCAGUCGUUCGGUAGCACGGGACCCUCCUGGCUUCCCGCUGCCACCGAACUACGACGUGUAAUCCUUAAAUAAAUAAUCGUCACAUCACCGACAACCUCUGCCGCCGAUCCGAGCGCCAGUCGAUAAGAUAUAUCUCGAGCACAAACACUGUAACUUAGUUAUGAAAAUGUGAAUGCUUGUGAAAGAGAAAUGGCAAGAUCGUUAGACGAUAUCCCGAAAAAGUACACCGAUGAAGACAACACUAUGGACGACGACAGCGAACACCCUCCAGGAUGUUUUCGCAGGAUGGUAGUUUCGUUACGGAUCAAUCCCAAUCUCGUUAUGUUAAAAGUGACUCUAUUUGUGAUGUACGGAGCAACCGCGUCUCUAUUACCAUAUUUGACGAUUCACAUGCAGAGUAUAGGACUAACUGUGCCUGAAAUUUCUUUUGUGUAUUUAGCUUUACCAUUUACUACAUUUUUAAGUCCGCCUAUAACAGGAUUUCUAGUUGAUCGCUUCGGAGAGUAUAAACCAGUAGUUAUCACGGCUCUCAUUUUAAACGCAGCAUUUCAUCAUUCCCUGCUUCUGAUUCCGCAUCAAGAAACGCCUGGAGUAAUGCCAUCGGCUUAUGUUAUGCGCCAUCCAAUUAAACGGAGCGUUGAGAUUUGGUGGAGCCCAUGUCCUAGCAGAGAAUGUCCCGAUGAAGAUGAACAGGUUGAUUUUGUUCUUGAUCGAUGUAUAGACCAUUGCAUGUUAUCUAUACCGACCGAACGCCCGGAGGUUGAUCCAGCUGACGAUAAAGAUGAUUUAGAUUUCCAUAUAGAGCACAAAUUUCAUCCACCACGUCUCACCAACGCCAGCUUCCUUAAUAUGACUGACGAUGAUGAAGAAUUUAACGAUGCAGCAUUCUUUUUAAUAGAAGUUCAUGACGAUUUAGGUGAACCGAAAGAACAACUUGGAAUUGAAAUGGAAAGGGACGACAAUGAUACAGUAACAGAUUUCAGAUCAAGGUUUGGCGAGAAACUACUGCUUGCUCAAGGUGUAAAUAUUACUGCUCUUGAUAAGGAAGAUCUAAGAUGCGGUGGUCUUGUAAUGCUGCAUAAUAUGACAAAACUUUCGCAACAACGACUGGAAUCUUUAUCAGCUGACUGUAUGGUCCAAAAAUGUGACUUUAGAAAAGGAGGCCCGGACAUAUGCCCUCCUGAUUACAAAGAGAGCGAUGACAAAACUUUUUACAUUUAUUUCUUUUUACGCUUCAUGGGAACUAUCAUGUUAUCUGCCGGCGUUACGAUCAUGGAUCCUAUAGCAUUAACAAUGAUACAAAAGUAUGGGGGAGACUUUGGUAGAGAAAGGCUAUUUUCUAGCAUUGGAAUGGCAAUUUUUUCUCCUAUCACAGGCAUGCUCAUAGAUAUGAGGAGUAAACAAGUUGGCUACACCGACUAUUCAGCAGCUUUUUAUACGUAUGACGUCUUACUCCUAAUAUCAGCAAUCACCGUCGCUGUAAUGCCCCUAGGAGCAAAACUACCGGCUGAUAAUUUACUACACGAUUUAGUGAACAUAAUUAAAAUGCCACAUAUAAUCAUUUUUAUAUUCUUCCUUUUUGCUCUAGGAAAUUUUUGGGGGUUUAUUGAAUCAUAUUUAUUUUUAUAUUUGAAGGAAUUAGGUGCUCCAAAUUUCUUGCUAGGAAUAACCGUGACCGUGGGAACACUGAGCAGCAUCCCGUUCCUCUACGGCGCAGACGCUAUCACAUCUCGUAUUGGGCACGUCAACGUCAUCAUUGUUGCCUUCUUCUCUCAUGCGGCGAGGCUUGUUGGUUAUUCCUUUAUAGAAAACUCGUGGUGGUGUUUUCCCUUCGAAGCCAUGGAAUCGUUGUCUGUACAUUUAAUGUGGGUUGCAGCAGCGACAUACUGUGCGAUGUUAGCUCCAAAGAACCUUUUGGCAACACUGAUUGGUGUCCUUGGAAUGGCUCAUUUCAGUUUAGGAAGGGGCAGUGGUAGCUUUGGAGGUGGGCUUCUCAUUGCUUCUUUGGGUACGAGAGAAGCUUUUCGGUACAUGGGUCUUAUCGCUUUCCUUGGUGGUGUUCUGUAUGGCCUCUUGCAUUAUUUCUGGCUAAGAAAAACCACUAUGACUGGAUUUCGUGAUGCUGUUGAUCCUGAUACGGAAAGCGGGGAAGGUGACAAGCUAAACAGCGAGCCUUUACGCAAGGAUGCGGAGACUAUGGUGUCACUGGAGAGACUGCAUAUAAUCACUCGCUUUAACCCACUAGGUUCUUUGCAUUCCCUGUCGAGAGGCUCGCGAGCGAGGCUUUCCCAAGGCGACAUCAACGAGCUAUGCCGCAGCCGCAGCGGCAGCAACAGCCAGCGCCGCUGCAGCAACAUCGAGAUAUCACCCAAAUCUCCUCAAGGCUCCGCCUCCAAAGUGGACCUGCUUCGAUCUGCGCUGGAGAUCAGUCACCAGCAGGGCAAGGGGCAUAUAUCCAACCCUGUGCUGUCCAGUCAGACUAGACCUACGUAUAAGCUAGCCAAUAGCGCACCAAAGUUAACUCAACGAAACAAUAUCUCUCAACCGGCCCUCUCAGAAUACGAUAGACGUCGAGACUCAAUACCAGAGGAAGCUGAGGAAGAUCGCCUGGCCCCUUCGCAAAAGCCGGGCAAGACCAAGAGUGAUCAUCUACCACCACCGCCCACUUACGAUGAGGCUACACGGGAAAAGAGGAAAAGUUGGCAUUCCGAUGACAGCACUCCCACUUAACCUCUUUAAAAAAGCUUGAAAUUAAAAAAAAUGAAUAGAAAUCGAUUAAAAUGUACCUUGUACCCUGUAAAGAGCCUUUACAUUUAGAGCCUAGAUUUGGCGGGAAUAUUUGGAAUUUGGAGUUGGAUGGUCUGCUAUGUUAAAAAUGGAUCGCCCUAAAUAUAUUAUGUUUGGCAAAGCGUUGUUUUUAUAUGUCUAUUAGAGGUGCUGACCAUUAUUUCAUAGGUACCUAAAUAUAAAAUAUCUAUAAAUUAUCUGAGUAGCACAAAUAAGGAAAAUAUGUCGUUCCUGUCUGUUCGAGUUUUUACGAAAAACACACACGAGGCUCAGCCAGGUACUAUGGUAUUAUUUGACUUACAAGUACUGAAAUAAUCUCUAUUGUAAUUCGUAUUGAAUAGUUAAUAAUAAUAAUGUAUAAAUAAAUAAUUAGAUACUAAGCCUA